AACCUUUUAAGUUCACAUAACAGUUUCAAGUAUACUCGUCUCUAUCUGCAUAUCAAUGGAAAUGGUUACAAAGAUGGUUGCAGACAGGCAAGUGGUGAUCUUUAGCCAGAGCAGUUGUUGCAUGAGCCAUACCAUCAAGACUCUCAUAAGUGGGUUCAGGGAAAACCCCACCGUAUACGAGCUCGACCAGAUCCAGAAUGGCCAACAAGUCGAAAGCAAACUGCAUAAGAUGGGGUGCAAGCCCUGUGUCCCGGUUGUGUUCAUAGCGCAGCAGCUCAUUGGAGGUCCUAAUCAAGUGAUGACCCUCCAAGUCAAGAACCAGCUUCCCCAUUGCUCAUAAGGGCCGGAGCAAUAUGGAUUUGAAACAAGUAACUAAUUCUAUACUCUGAAGUCCAAUACAAUAGUGCUAAACAAACUCGGGUUAAUGAUAUUGUCGCCUUAGGCAUUUUUGCCAAAAGAGAACCCUUGUAUACUGUUUUUGGCACUGGACAGGGUCUUACUGUUGUCCUUGUUCUAAAUUUCAGACAAGCUUGAAUUUUAAUUUGCACAUGUGAUGUCCUUUUCUUUGUCUAUGCUACUUGGUUGUCUGUCAUUUUCUUCAUUCAUACAGACAUUCUCAGUCACAAAUGCCACUAUAUUAUUCAAGCAACCCUAUAAUCCAACACUCAACGAAAAUGAAAAAAAAAAAAAGGGAAAAUGAUACUAUCUCAAUUGUCAUUAGACCACAAAUUUCUCACUACACAUAAUUUAUAUUCACCUUUCGGUUAGGCACAACUUCUACAAUUGUCAUAAUACCGAGU